AUGCUGGCCGAGCGCGUUGACGUCGCGGUCUCCUCACGGACGCUGGUGCGGGCGUCCGAUCCGCCGCGGGGCUUCCCCGCGGUACUCCAGCCCUCCAACCUCGACCUCAUCCUCGGCUCCUUCCACAUCUACCUCAUCGCCGUGUACCCCGCCCCGGCCGCGGGCUUCCCCGCCGUGGCCGCGGCCGCACAGGCCACCUUGCCCGCAUUCCUCUCCCGCUUCUUCCCCUUCGCCGGCCGCAUCGUCGCCAACGCCGACACCGGCGUGCCCGAGAUCGCCUGCGACAACGCCGGCGCGGAGCUCGUGGUGGCGCACGCUGGGGUGAGGCUCGCGGACGUCGACUUCGCCGACGCCGAUCGCUCGCUGGGCCGCAUCGCGGUGCCGUUCCAGCAGGGCCUGGCGCUGUCGCUGCAGCUGGUCCGGUUCGCGUGCGGCGGGUUCGCGAUGUCGUGGGCCACCAACCACCUGCUCGUGGAUGGCCACGGCCUGACGGCGCUGCCCAACGCGUGGGCGGAGCUGCUCCGCACGGGCGGCCUCUCGUGGGAGCCUCACCACGAGCGGGCCUCGCUCUUCCGGCCGCGGGACCCGCCGCGGUACAGCCCGACGCUGGACGCCGAGUUCACGCGGUACGCGCCGGGGAGCCUCCCAAACUGCCUCCUGACGGCCACCCUCGUGCGCCGCAACUACGUGGUGUCCGCCGCGGACGUGGACCGGCUCCGCGCCGCGGCCAGCACCCCCGCGCGCCGCGCCACGCGGCUCGAGGCGCUGUCCGCGCACGUGUGGAAGCUGCUCGCCGCGGCCGCAGGCGGGCUCGGCGACGAGCGCUGCCGCAUGGCGUGGCUCGUCGACGGCAGGCGGCGCCUGGACGCCGCCAGGUACGACGCGGGCACCGUGCGGCGGUACCUCGGCAACGUGGUGACGUACGCGUCGAGGGAGGUGGACGUGGAGGCCGUGUCGUCGUCCCCGCUGGCCGACGUGGCGGCGAUGGCGGGCGCCGCCAUCGCGGAGGUGUUCCGGUCGGAGCGGUACGAGGAGCUGGUGGACUGGAUGGAGGCGCACAAGCGGGUGUUCCGGGAGGGCGGCAAGUGGACGGAGGUGGUGGGCACGGGCACGGGGAGCCCUGCGCUGGUGGUCUCGUCGUUCGUGCCGUUCCACGUGGAGGGGGACUUCGGGUUCGGGCGGCCGCGGCUGGUGAUACCGUGGAUUCGCCCGGGGCGGCUGGGUUCCGCGGCCAUGACGGUGGCCCGGAGCCCGCUGGAGGACGGGUCGUGGCUGAUCACCGCCAGGCUGUGGCCGCGGCUUGCCGACGCCGUGGACGCGGACCCGGACGCCGUGCUCAAGCCGGCCACCGCCGCGCGGCUCGGGUUCGGCGCGCCUGAUCCGGCCGACGUGAUGAUGCAGCAUACUACUACCAGUCGCAUGUGA